GUGACUGCAGUGCUCGACGUCACAGGACGUGGACUGUCACUGUGAGUCACAGAGCUGGAAACAGAAAUGAAACUAGAAACUUAGACUGUGCUCGAUACGACCAGAACGCACAGAAAUCUGAGCUUGAAGAUGCUCCCCUCCUCCUGUGACACCUUCGUGGCUCUGCCCCCCUCCACUGAGGGACAGCGCAUCGUUUUUGGGAAAAACUCUGACAGGCCCUGUGAUGAAGUACAAGAGGUGGUGUACUUUCCUGCCACAGACUACGGUGCAGGAGAGAAGGUGGAGUGCACAUACAUAGAGAUAGAGCAGGUCCAACACACUUAUGCAGUCGUGUUGAGCAAGCCGGCCUGGCUGUGGGGGGCAGAGAUGGGUGCCAAUGAGCAUCAAGUGUGUGUUGGGAAUGAAGCGGUGUGGGGCAGAGAGAGUGCUGAUGGGGACGAGGCUCUCCUGGGCAUGGAUCUUGUCAGGCUUGCACUCGAGAGAGCCGACACAGCCGAGAGAGCCGUGGAUGUCAUUACUGAGCUGCUGGAGAAAUACGGCCAGGGAGGAUCUUGCAUGGAGGAUGAGUGCGGCUUCACCUACCACAACAGCUUCCUCAUCUCAGACAGGACGGAGGCCUGGCUGCUGGAAACAUCGGGGAAGUACUGGGCAGCAGAGCGAGUGGAAGAGGGAUAUCGCAACAUCUCCAACCAGUAUGGCAUAACAACCAAGAUAGACAAGGAGCACCCUGGAAUGAGGGAAUAUGCACGAAGCAAGGGCUGGUGGGACGGAGAGACCCAGUUCAACUUCGCCACAGUUUACUCCUUCAUGACUACAGCCAGGAUAGAAGAAGCCGGGAACCGAUACUGCGAGGGGAAGAAGUUGCUGGAAAAGAGCAACGGUCACAUCACUGCUGAGGUCAUGAUGGACAUCCUGAGAGAUAAAGACAGUGGCAUCAACAUGGAGGGCAUGUUCAUGACAACAGGAAGCAUGGUGUCAGUGAUACCCAAGGAUCCCGCUCUGCCAGGGGUUCACUAUUUCACAGCAACUCCAGACCCUGAGAGGUCUGUAUUCAAACCUUUCAUCUUUGUGAAACACCUCAAACCACUGAAGGAGACAACUUCUCCCAGUUACGGUGCAGAUGACCCCGUGAAGAGGAAGCCGCGCUUCCAGAGCAAACCUGACCGCAAACAUGAGCUGUUUGUCAAACACGAGCUGGUGGCUGCCAUCAUUGACUCCCACAAGGAGAGAGGAAAGAAGAUCAUGGAGAGUAUGAGAGAGCUAGAGAAGGAAAAGAUGACAAAGAUGGAGGAGCAUCUUUCAGUCGGUGUUGAAGAACCUGACUUUCUGGUGAAUCUGUUCUCAGAAUCUGUUAAAGAGGAAAUAGCUGUGUAUGGUAAAAGAUGAGAGGAGGCACAAAACAUUCCUCAAGAGUGACAGUAGCACUACAUGUUUUUGCAGUUUACAUUUUAGUCAAGUAUAAGUACAUAAAAUUUAGCAGCCCAGGAUACUUGAGCAGUAGAGUUCACAAGUCCCAUGUUGUACAUUGGGGUGUUGAUGUAUUAAAUCAUUGACCAUCAUCAUAUGAAUCAUCAUCAUGAAUACAGAACAAAUGAAGUGUGAGAUAUGUGACCUGAGGAGUUUGAAAAUAAGUUUUAUUUUAAAACAAUACAAUAAAUAUGCAGCCUUUGUUAAAAUAAAAAAGAUUGUUUUUACAGUU